CGUAGCGCGAAGAAUCCGAAGAAGCAGGCAGGUCGGUUGUGAUCUGGGAUGGGAGCAGCCGGCGAGCUCUGAUCUUUCAGCUGCUCCAUGGAAGCGGUUCUGAUUGUGUGGAAAUGGACCGCCGGUAACACAGUCAACUCACAUGAUCCGGAACCAUUUAAGCUCCUAUUGAUCUAGAGACUUUUAUUUUUUUGCCCAUUGGAUUUUUUUAUUUUUGAUUAUUUUUUUCAAAUCUUUUUUUAUUAGCUUUCAGGUUCGGCGCUGCCCUGCCUUGGAGCCAUGGGCUGCACGGUGAGUGCCGAGGACAAGGCGGCCGCGGAGAGGUCCAAAAUGAUCGACAAAAACCUCCGAGAAGACGGAGAGAAGGCGGCCAGGGAAGUGAAGCUGCUCCUUUUAGGUGCAGGGGAGUCUGGGAAAAGCACCAUUGUAAAGCAGAUGAAGAUUAUCCACGAAGACGGCUACUCGGAAGAUGAGUGUAAGCAAUACAGAGCUGUGGUUUACAGUAACACCAUCCAGUCCAUCAUGGCCAUCGUUAAAGCCAUGGUCAGCCUCGAGAUAGACUACAACAACCCUGGCAGAGUGGACGACGCCCAGCAACUCUUCGCUCUGUCCGCCGCCGCCGAGGAGCAGGGCGUCUUACCCGACGACCUGGCCGACGUGAUCCGGCGACUGUGGGCCGACGGCGGCACACAGAGCUGCUUCGCGCGCUCACGGGAAUACCAGCUCAACGACUCGGCGGCAUAUUACCUGAACGAUCUGGAGAGAAUAGCCAAAGCGGAUUACAUCCCCACCCAGCAGGAUGUGCUGCGUACUCGUGUCAAGACAACUGGCAUCGUGGAGACUCACUUCACCUUCAAAGAGCUGCACUUCAAAAUGUUCGACGUGGGAGGCCAGCGCUCCGAAAGGAAGAAGUGGAUCCACUGUUUCGAAGGCGUCACGGCCAUUAUCUUCUGCGUUGCGCUCAGUGCGUACGACCUGGUCCUGGCCGAGGAUGAGGAGAUGAAUCGCAUGCACGAAAGCAUGAAGCUGUUCGACUCCAUCUGCAACAACAAGUGGUUCACUGAGACCUCCAUCAUCCUCUUCCUCAACAAGAAGGACCUCUUUGAGGAGAAGAUCACCCGUAGCCCCCUUGCCAUCUGCUUCCCAGAGUACACAGGGGCCAACAAAUUUGACGAAGCAGCCAGUUACAUUCAGACCAAGUUUGAGGACCUGAACAAGAAGAAGGACACCAAGGAGAUCUACACCCACUUCACGUGUGCCACCGACACCAAGAACGUGCAGUUUGUCUUCGACGCCGUCACUGAUGUCAUCAUCAAGAACAACCUGAAGGACUGCGGGCUUUUCUGAAUGUAAAUUGGACGGUGGCGGCUGUGCACACUACACGAGGGACUGCAGCAGCCAUGUGACGAUUUUACUGCUUUUCAUAAUGAAAACCAUGACAGACGUCAUUCCUGCAAGGGGAAAACCUUGAAAGGACUUCAACAAUCAAUGAUUUGCUACCAUCUCCCCCUCAGUGUAACAUUGGUCCUGCAUACAAAUGUAUUAAAAGUUGUUACGCCUCUUC